AUGGGCGGGAGAACCCCUCUUCUUGUCCUCACCUUUUCUCUUGCCGUUCUGAGCAUUGAGCUUGGGAUUUCUCAUGGCUGCCGAGAGACGGAGAGGAAAGCCCUCAUCGACUUCAAGCGUGGACUUCAUGAUCCUUCCAAUCGUCUCUCUUCCUGGGUCGGGGAGGACUGUUGUGCGUGGGAAGGUGUUGGCUGCAGCAACAUCUCUGGUCAUGUUAUCAAGCUGGAUCUUCGAAAUAGACGUCUGACGUAUCCAAUUGAGUACUGCACUCAUCAGGAGGUGUACGACAUGUUGGAUGAUGAUCCAGGAUGCAAAUGGGCAGUGCGUGGUGACAUAACUCCAUCACUGCGUUCUCUCCAACAACUUAAUCGCCUGGACCUCAGCGGCAACUAUUUUAUGCAUAAACCUAUCCCAAAGUUCUUGGGAGCUUUCAGAAGACUAACAUAUCUUAACCUCUCAGGUGCAGGCUUCGUGGGUAGAGUACCUGACCAGCUCGGAAAUCUAUCCACUUUGCAGCACCUCGACCUUUCUUAUAACCGCUAUUGGGAUGAUGAAGGUGAUGGCUUCUUCUGCUUGUACCUUGAGAACACGAGAUGGAUCUCUAUGCUCACUUCCCUUCUGCAUCUUAACAUGACUCGUGUCCGUUUUACAAAUGCGGCCAACUGGUUACAAGAUUUGAAUGCACUACCACGUAUACAAGAGAUUGAAUUAAGAGGUUGUGACAUAGGGACCUUUCCACGUUCGCUGUCUCAUGUCAACUUCACAUCUCUCACCACUCUUGAUUUACGAGGCAAUGAUAUAAACUCCACCAUACCAGAUUGGAUGUUCAAUAUUACUAGCCUCGAGUUCCUUUAUCUUGGUGGGAAUGACCUACAUGGGUUCUUUCCUAAUUCUAUUACGAAGUUGACAUCUCUCAGGGCACUCGACUUGUCUAGGAGUGUGUUCCAAGAUGGCUUCAUGCGAUUAGCUCCUAUAUCCAACCUCUGCAAGCUCCAAAUUCUCAAUCUACGCUAUGUGCCUAUUAACGAUGUGCUUGCCAAUUUAAAAAUGGUUUUCUCUGGAUGUCUUAGGAAUAGCAUGGAGGAAUUGUACCUCGGAGGCACCCAACUGAGUGGUUCCUUUCCGGAUUGGUUAGGGAAUAUCAGGAAUCUAAAAUCUCUUGAUCUUUCUUUCAACUCCCUCUAUGGAUCAGUGCCUGCAUCUAUCGGGAAUCUAUCAUUGCUGCAACAUUUGUCUUUAUAUUCUAAUGAUUUGAAUGGGACGAUUUCGGAAGGCAUCGGACAACUAAAGAGCCUUGUUGAUUUGGUUCUCCACAAUAACUCGUUGAGCUUAUCGGAGGACGACCUUGCUAAUCUAUCGAGUUUGAAAUAUUUGGACAUUUCUUACAACUUCAUUGAAUUGAACAAAGCCGAUGACUGGAUCCCUUCUUUUCAGCUUCAAAGUCUCUUCAUGGAUUUCUGCCAAAUAGGGCCCACGCCCCAAUUUCCAAAAUGGCUCCGAACACAGACCACUCUUCGUCAACUAUAUUUGUCAAGUGCAGGUAUCAAAGACAUGUUUUUCGAUAGGCUUCCUUCUAAUCUUGAGUAUUUGGAUCUUUCGUAUAACUCUCUCAAUGGAUCAUUGCCCGCUUCUCUUGGAAACCUCUCUAUGCUGCGAUCUUUGAAUUUAGGAUCCAACAAUUUGAAGGGGAUGCUUCCGGAAGGCAUCAAAUGGUUGAAGGGCCUUACAUAUUUGGAUCUCUACAAUAACUCAUUGAGAUUAUCGGAGGACGACCUUGCUAAUCUACCAAGGAUCAAAGAAACGAUCCCCAAUUGGCUUCCAUCCGGUCUCCAAAAUUUGGAUCUCUCCGAUAAUAUGAUUGGUAUGAUUGGCGGUGAUGUACCAUAUUAUUUUCCAAAUCUAACUUUAUUGGAUCUCAGCAAUAACUCGUUAUCAGGAUAUUUUCCUCUAAAAUUAUCAAACAUGAUGCCAAGUCUGGAAUAUUUGUCUCUCUCCAACAAUAAGAUUACCGGUGAGAUACCACAAUUCUUUCCAAAACUGAGAUAUUUAUUUAUUUCGAAUAACUCGUUCUCGGGGAAUCUUUCACAAAGAAUCACAAAUAUCAUGCCAAGCUUACAAUGGUUCGAUAUAUCUAUGAAUAAUAUGAGUGGUGAGAUUCCCUUCUCUUAUUGUCAAUUGAGGAAUUUGGAAGGGCUUCAGCUUUCUGAGAAUAAUUUGUCAGGAAAGGUUCCUAAUUGCUGGAAAAAUUCCUCAAAUUUACUUCUUUUAGACUUAUCAAGCAACAAAUUAGUAGGUGGAGUCCCUGAUUCACUCUGUAAUUUGCAAACUCUAGAGUCACUGCACUUGAGUCACAAUAAUUUAUCCGGGCUGAUUCCUCAUUGUUUAAAGAGUUGCGCAGAACUAUCUACUCUCGACUUGGGCCACAACAACUUUAUUGGGAACAUACCAACUUGGAUUGGAGAAAGCUUAUUGUACCUAAAGACACUUAGCUUACGCUCGAAUGCCUUCACCGGUAGCAUUCCUCAAUUAUCUUCUCUACCAUCUCUUCGUAUCUUGGAUCUCUCCAACAACAAUCUUUCAGGAAUGAUACCACAGAGCUUUGGGGACUUCAGUACGUUAAAAAGUGCUCCUACGUAUCAGUGUUGUUACUUCAACAAUGAUAGUCUCUCCGUGGAAGAUAUGUGGCUCUUUAUAAAAGGAAGUGAAAUCAAGUAUACUACCUCCAGACAACUUUCAAUUGAUACACUUAUUGAUCUCUCCAACAAUUACUUAUCUGGAAACAUCCCUGAAGAGCUGGAGGAAUUUAUACCGAGAAGCAUUGGCGAAAUGAAACAACUAGAAGUUCUCGAUCUCUCAAGAAAUAAUCUCUCGGGUGCAAUUCCUUCCGGUUUGGCGGCCUUAAAUUUCUUGGACCAUUUGAAUUUAUCAUAUAACAAUCUUUCAGGAAGCAUUCCCACUGGCAAUCAGUUGCAAACUUUUACUGAUCCAUCUAUCUAUAUUGGCAAUCCAAAUCUUUGUGGCCCUCCUCUCCCCAAAUAUUGUAUGGUGAAUAUAGCGAAGGUCGAUGAAGAAGAGAAAAAUAAAGAUUCUUCUGAGACCAGAAUGGAAAUACUUUGGUUAUACACGAGCAUCACGCUAGGAUUUAUUACCGGAUUUUGGGCAAUUUGUGGAAGCCUUUUGUUGCGACGGACAUGGAGGAUCGUGUGCUUCCGCACCAUUGAUAACGUGUUUGACAAGAUAUACGUGGUGAUGGUGGUGACCGUGGCAAAAUACAAAAGGAAGCUAUGA